AUGACGAACUUCCCCAGAAAUGUGGACACAUUGAAUGACCUCGGGGCUGACACUAAAGGGGGCGGAAAGAGUUCUGCCGCUGCGGAUAAGGUGGUGGAGGAGAUAAGAGCGAAGGGAGGCAAGGCCGUGGCGAACUAUGAUUCUGUGGAAGAUGGAGAAAAAUUGAUCCAAUCAGCAUUGGAUGCAUUUGGAAGAAUUGAUGUUCUUGUAAACAAUGCUGGGAUCCUUCGUGACCGAUCAUUUGCCCGGACGAGUGAUUUGGACUGGGACCUGAUUCACAGAGUUCACUUGAGAGGCUCCUUUUUGGUGACGCGAGCUGCCUGGAACCACAUGAAAAAUCAAAAGUUUGGCAGAAUCAUCAUGACCACUUCCGGCGCAGGCAUCUACGGAAACUUCGGCCAGGCCAACUACAGCGCCGCCAAGCUGGGCCUGCUGGGGCUGGCUAACACCUUGGCCAUCGAGGGACGCAAGUACAACAUCUACUGCAACACUAUUGCUCCUGUGGCCGGCUCCCGCCUCACAGAGACUGUCAUGCCCCCAGACCUUGUGGCAUCUCUGAAGCCUGAGUUUGUCGCUCCCUUGGUCCUCUGGCUCUGUCAUGAACAAUGCCAAGAAAAUGGAGCACUGUUUGAGACUGGUGCAGGCUGGAUUGCUAAAUUGCGCUGGGAGCGUUCUCUGGGCCGCACUGUGAGACAGAAGAACCAACCCAUGACCCCCGAGGCUGUCAGGGACCAGUGGGGCCAGAUCUGUGACUUCACAGAUGCUACCAAGCCGACGAGCUUGCAAGAGUCUAUGAUGUCGAUUGUGAGUGUGCUGUCUCAAGUGGAGUCUGGUGGAGAAGUCAGUGGGAACCCUACAGCUGCAGCAGCCUCGUCUUCAGGGAUCAAUCCUAUUGAGGCAGUGGGCACCAAACUCCCCCCAUCCUCGUUCAGCUACACUCACAUCCAGUGUAUCCUCUAUGCAUUGGGGGUGGGCAUGUCUACCAAGGACCCCGACCAUCUUAGGUUCCUGUAUGAGGGCCAUGAAGACUUCGUCUGCCUCCCCAGUUUUGGGGUCAUUGUGGCCCAGUCAGUUCUGAUGGGGGGGGGGCUGACCUCAGUCCCUGGACUCAACAUAGAUUUCACACAGGUAUUGCACGGAGAGCAGUAUCUGGAGCUUUACAAGCCUUUACCCACCUCAGGGACCCUCACCUCUGAGACCACCAUAGCAGACGUGUUGGACAAAGGAUCAGGAGCCGUCAUCCUCAUGGACGUGAAGACGUUCUGUGGCGAGGAGCUGAUCUGCUUCAACCAGUUCUCAGUGUUUGUGGUGGGGGCCGGGGGCUUCGGAGGGAAGAGGAGCUCUGACAAAGCCAUAGCUCCUCUGCCCCCCCCUCAGCGGGCACCAGAUGCUGUGGUGAUUGAUUCCACCAGCACAGACCAAGCGGCCCUGUACCGUCUGAGUGGGGACUGGAACCCCCUGCACAUAGACCCCAGCUUCGCCGCCAUGGGAGGCUUCAAGGCUCCCAUUCUGCACGGUUUGUGUUCGUUCGGCUUUGCAGCGAGACACGUCCUCAAGCAGUUUGCAGACAACGACACUUCCAGAUUCAAGGCGAUCAAAGUCCGCUUUGCAAAGCCAGUGAUGCCGGGUCAGUCGAUUCAGACGGAGAUGUGGAAGGAAGGCAACAGAAUUCACAUCCAGUGUAAAGUGAAGGAGACGGACGCUGUGGUGCUGACGGGGGCCUAUGUGGAUCUACAUGGAGCAGCAGAGGCCUCUCCAGAAGACCCCCCUCAAGCAGGGGGUCUUCACAGUGAGCUGGUGUUUGCAGAGAUCGGCCGUCGUAUCAAAGACACGGGCUCGGAGCUGGUGAAAAAGGUGAAUGCUGUGUUCGGCUGGGAGAUCACCAAAGACGGGAAGAUCGCUGCGCAGUGGACCAUUGAUCUGAAGAACGGCAGCGGCUCCCUGCAGAAGGGCCCUCACAGCGGGAAGGCUGAUGUGACCAUCACCGUGUCGGACGAGGACUUCCUGGAGGUGGUGCAGGGGAAACUCAACCCUCAGAAGGCGUUCUUCUCCGGCAAACUGAAGGUUAGAGGGAACAUUAUGCUGAGUCAGAAGCUGGAGGUCAUCCUGAAAGACCACGCCAAGCUGUGAGCUCCUCAGACGACUCCAUUAACUCAGCAGCUCUCUCCGUCCAUUUGUGUUAAUAUGAUUUUCCUCUUGUGAUUUAUACCGCUUCAGAAUAAAUGUUCUCAUGUAAAAUAACUUUCACUGAAGAGAUACAAAAUGUACAAACAUGACUUGAUCAAAUAGACGGUUUACUUAAAUGUAUUCAAUUUCAUCGUUGAGUUCACCGAGUUUGGUCCAUAAGGACUCUUUGCUUCUGAAAAUGUGCACUUAACUCAACUGCCUUUUAAGAUCCAAACAUUAAGCAAUACUUUUAAAGAUUUUUCAGUUUUCUUUAUCUUAAGAAGAUAGGACACACAGUCGUCCAACAUUCUGCCCAUCAUUGGGUCAAGGCACUGUUUGAAGGGAUAAUUCAAAUGUAAAACUGUUUUAUGGUCGUAAUUAAUAUUUCUGUUAAUUCUGAUACAGCAACCUCAGUUGAACCUUUGAGGAGUGUAAUCAUUUUGUUCAAACAAAUAAUUAAGUAGUUUCAACUAAAAGCUCAUUUUCAGUAUAUGUAAUACUGCUGGACUGUGGAAGGUAAUUAAAAUGUCUAUAACUUCUAUUUUUAGAACAAUGUAUCGGAUGAUUAUAGUCAAAGUGUUGCUUGCAGUGAUGAAUCCACACAGAAUGAUCAUCUGGAUCUGAAGUUCUCCUCAGCUCCAAGGAGCUGUGUCACUAUUUUCAGCUGGUUUUUGUGUCCGUCUCAAAUCCAUACAGCUGUUAUUUUUUAGUGAAAACACCUUAAAAAAAAACAACUUCCCCUGUGGAGUGUAGCACCAGUAGAGGUUUGUUUUGUUUUUGGACACAAGCGGUCCUUUUCUCACACUAUCCCAUUGAUCUGGUGGUGACAUGCAAAGAAAUCAAUGUAAACAUAACUGAGAUAAAGCUCAACAGGAAAAGUGAGUCAUGAAAUGUAAACUAACUAUGAACAUAUCUUUAUAUCAGUGCAAUGAUGUUGAUAAUGAUUUUGUUGGCUCCAAUAUAAAUAAAGUUAUUCAGACUAAAACAACUGAAACGUGUCAAUGUCAUACUUACUAGGGAAAGUAGAUGUUUAAUGUUCCUAAUAAACGUACGGCCCUUUGGUUUGAGAUAUUUGAUCAACAGUCACAUUUGUUUCUAAAAUUACAAAAAACAUCUGCUUUUAGCACAUCAUUAUUUUUAUUACAUCUGUAUAUGUUGUGUCUUUAAUACAUCAAUUUACAUGACAUUAUAAAAUUAGAAUUAUCUGAUCAAAUUCACAUUUACAAUAGGGGAAAAAGCAAUACAAGUGCGAGUUGAAUGUGAUUUUUUUAUUUAGCUGAGUUUGUUUACUCUGACCCUGAUGUGGGAUACUGAUCUGUUUAUGAGUAAUAUUAGAAAGAAAAAAAACACUUGCUUUGAUAAAAUUGACUUUAUUCUCCCGUUCUGUACAUUUAGUUUGGCUUUGAUAAAAAAUAUUUAAUCUCCAUUUGCUGCAGGAGUACACUUCAGUUUCCAACCACUGUGAUUUGUGGGGGGAAAAAAUGAAACACAUCCUGGUUGUUCAAGCUCACAACGGGAAAUAAUGAGCAAAAAGAAACUAUUAGUGACCCAUCGAGAGGAAAAAAAUAACAUUACGUCUGCCUUGAUAGAUGGCUCAGUCGAUAAUCCUUAAUAUGUUUAAUAAAUAUACCUGUUUUAUACAGAAUAUUCUUCAUAAAGUGGCUCUGGUCAUAUCUACGACUUAUGAUUAUGCAGUCAUCAUGAGAGGCCUAUAGAUCUAUGUAUAUACAUAACUAAUACAUCUGAAAACGAAUCCUCCCUGAAAUCAAAGCUACAGCAGCACAACAAGGGUUUAUGGGUAAAUAGCUUCAUUAUAUUCCUUCAGACUAAACUACUAUCGGACAGUUUGCAUGAAGCUCUUCCUCACACAUGUGGAAGAACCUUCAUAUUGUACACUAACCUAGAUUACAUUUCCAAAGCAUAUACUGAAGGCAAUCUUCUGAUUUAGGAUGAAAAGUAAAGCAACUGAAUGAUAAGAGGUAUUCCUAUAACCGUGACAAAGCAACUGAAGCAAAGCUGAUAA